AUGUCGACAUAUCGCUAUGAAAUACCGUCUUCUGAACAAGAGACCACUAAUACACUGCAAGGAUUAAAAAUAUCGACUAAAUGGAUUAUACUUGGAGCUGUUUUCUAUGUAGCUUCUUUAGUUAUCGUCGGUCUUAUAGUCGGUUUAGUGCCGAAACGUGCUCAACAAAUAACAAUUAUAGAGACGGCUCAAACAGAUAAACUUUCAACAAUUGACUCACAAACAUCGACAGUAUCCAUGUUUCAUCAAUCGUGUAAUAUAACAAAUUUUCAAUGUUCAAUAUCUAGUCUAUAUGAUGAACGUUUAUCAAAAGCAAUUUUACCACUUCAUUACGAAUUAGAAUAUAGAAUUGAAAAUAUGACACAAACAACGUUUAAAGGAUCAGUUAAGAUGCAUUUUCAACUAAAACAACGUCUAAAACGUCUAGUUUAUCAUGCAAAACGAAUGACUAAAUUGUGUCCACCUCUUCUUCAACAAGGAGAUGUAACAAUGAAUGUGAAUAUGUCACUUUGUUUGGAAAAUGAAAGUGUUAUUCUAGAAGAUAAUUCUGGUAAAUCGUUUCCUGAAAAUGAUGGCAAAACAAAAUAUAUACUCUAUCAAGAAUUUGAAAGUAAAUUAAAUGAUGGCAAUGUUGGAUUUUAUCAGAGUGAAUUCAAAGAUACAAAUGGUAAUAGAAAACUUUUAGCAACAAAAUUUCAACCAACAGACGCGAGAAAAGCGUUUCCAUGUUUCGAUGAACCAAAAUUGAAAGCAACAUUUAAAAUAGCAAUUGUUCAUCCUACAAACACAAUUGCAUUAUCUAAUUUUCCUGUAGAGAGUAUAAAACAAGAAGAUGCCGACUUAAUGCGGACAACGUUUCAAGAAACAUUCAAAAUGAGUACUUAUCUGGCUGCUUGGGCCAUUGUACCGGCCGAUUUUGGUGUUAAAUCUAUAGAACAUGAAAAUAUAACAUUGCGAGUAUGGGCAAGAAAAGGGCCCACAGAUAAAAAUCAAACAUUGUUUGCUUUGAACAUUGCUCGUGAGGCAAUGAUUUAUUUUGGUGAAUAUUUUAAUACGACUGAUUCAUUACCACCACAAAUUGGCAAAUGGUUAAAUGAGGCGAUGGCAACAUGGCUUUCUUAUAAACCAUUAGUAAAAAAUCAUCCAGAAUGGCAUAUGGAUUUGCAAGCAUUAACAGAAGAUGUCAUUGGAGUUAUGUGGGAUGAUGCUAAACCAAGUUCACAUCCAAUAUCGGUUCAUAAUGUUAGCACAGCUGGUCAUAUAACAAGUUUAUUUGAUUCUAUCACUUAUUCUAAAGGAGCUAGUAUUCUACGUAUGCUAGAAAAAAUUGUCGGAGAAAAUGAAUUUCGAGAUGGAUUAAGAACUUAUUUGAAGCAAAAUGCAUUCGAUGUUGGAAAUCCAGAUGAUUUCUAUAAUAAUUUAACAUUUCCAAAUCCUCUCACUGGCAAAGAAUUUAUGAAUAAUUGGUUAGAAGAAUUAAAUUUUCCAUUAUUAAAUGUACACAUGACAUUAACAAGUAGUGGAACAGUAUUAAAUUUUACUCAAAGUGGUAAUCAUGCUAAUCAAAACCACACAGUCGAUAUUGAACCACUUAAUCCAUUCUAUUUGGAUUCAUCACAACUUUCUGUAACAAUAAAAGAUAAAUAUUUUACAUGGAUUAAAUGUAAUAAAAAUUUUACUGGAUUCUAUGUAACAAGUUAUAAUUAUACACAAAAUGAUACUGUAACAAACGCAUCGUCCAAUCUAAUAUGGAAACAUUUUGAAAGUGUCUUAUUGGAUGCACCAAAAGUCUUUUCUAAUGAAGAUAAAACAAAUUUAAUACAUGAUGCAUUUCUAUUGAGUUAUAACGGUAUUAUUGAAUAUGAAAUACCUCUUAGAAUAGUAAAAACACUUCGAAUAACAAAUAACAAAGAAUAUGUACCGUGGAAAACAUUUGCAUGGCAUUGGGAUAAUCUGGCAGAUAUGUUUGCAAUCGAUCAAAUUCUUCCAGGAGGUGAUUCAAAUAUACUAAAUAAUUUAAUAUCACCUGGAGUAAAUCAUAAUGAAAGAUUAUUGCGAUCAUUACAAUUUAAUAUGCUAUGCCGUAUGAAUAGCAGCGAUACGCUAGAUAAAGUUAGUGAAUUAUUCAGAAGCAUUCCCUCCACUUAUUUUCAAAAUAAGGAUGCUAUCAAUCUAAAUACUAGUGGUGACAUUUUGUCAACAAUAUAUGCGUGUCAUAUUCGAAAUACAAAUAAUAAUAUCGAUUGGGAAAUAUUGUAUGAUUACUAUCGAUAUGCUAUAUCACCACAAGAACAGCUACGAGCAUUACAUGCAAUUAGCAAUUCACAAGAUACUAAGAAAUUACAUCGAUUAUUAGAAGAAGGCUUAAAUAAUUCGACUAUAAUCAAAACGCAAGACUUUUUUAGCAUGUUUAGUUAUAUUUCACAAAAUUCCAAUGGACGAUCGAUGGCAUGGAACUAUUAUCGUGAUAAUUUUCAAAGAUUUAUUGACAGAUUCGGCAUAAAUGAUCGUAAAUUAGGUAUAUUAAUCCUUUAUAUUGCAAAGUCGUUCGAUAAUGAUACUUAUAUAGAAGAAAUGAGAGAUUUCUUUGCCAAAUAUCCCAGCAGUGGAGCAGGUGAAACAGCUCGAAAUCAGGCACUAGAUUUAGCAUUGAUGAAUACUGCAUGGAUAAAAAAUAGGGAAACAAAUUUAAUUAAUCAUUUACAAGUACAAUCGAAACAAUUAACAAACGCCUAUCAAAACGAGACAGAAAUAAAGUUGACAAACUAUACUAGAACUAUAAUAAUAUAA